CGCGAACGUUCGAAGGUCGAAGGAAGGAUUGACCAGCAGUUUCCUUUCAGUGUCUGUAUCAGUUUCGCGUUCUUGAAUUCGAGUCUGUGCUUUAAUCCAGCUGCCAAGAUGAAGCUCGUCCGGUUCCUGAUGAAAUGCGCCAAUGAGACGGUGACGAUCGAGUUGAAGAAUGGAACCAUCCUCCACGGCACCAUCACCUCCGUCUCCCCGCAGAUGAACACCAGCCUGCGCACCGUCAAGAUGACCCCCAAGGGCCGCGAUCCCAUCGGCCUCGACACCAUCAACAUCCGCGGCUCCACCAUCCGCUACUACAUCCUGCCGGACAGCCUGCCGCUCGACACGCUGCUGAUCGACGACACGCCCAAGCCCAAGAACAAGGCGCGCAAGGAGGCGGAUCGUGGGGGUAGGGGGGGAAGAGGUGGGCCCCGGGGUCGGGGACGCGGGCGCGGGAGGGGUCGGGGACGGGGGUUCUAGAUUUCUUUUCCAGGAUGUCCUUUUUUCGGGCUUGUGGGAUUGAAGUUGGGGUGUGUUGAUGGGUGGAUGGGGUGAGGAGAGGAAGUGCGGUGGUGAGGGAUGGGAUACCCUACUUGCUAUUGGUGGAGGGUGAUCUAUUGCGUUCAUUUGUUUGCUAGGUUUUUUUUUCUCUCUAUCUUGAAAGUCAUCAUCAUCAUCGUCGUCAUGGGAAAAUAUGGAG